GACGUACUGUUUUCUAGCAUUAUUUAUGUUCUCUCUUCACCCUUCUGCCUAAAAAAUUACGACAGUGCCCCUUACCUACCUUAACGGGAAUCUGCACAAAAGGCCAUUUCUCCAGUUUCUCUCUCUCAAAAGCAAAGGAAAACUUCCCAAUAUUAAUAUGUAGCAAAAAGGAGGAAAAAAAAGCCUAUUUGGUCCGCCCUCCUGGCUGUUGCUACCUUGCAGCUUAUGACAUACAGACAGAGGGAGGUCUGAUGAAGUGAACGAGGCAACCAGAGAGCUACUCCAUUCCCGUGGAAACCAGGAGUCCCUUGGUGCCGACAGCUCUGCCUACUUUCCAAGCAGUUCUUUUGUGCGACUUUGAGGGGCUCGUGAAUGAUUUCUAAAUGUGUGCCUGCUGAGGCGAGCCGCCCGGGGAGGGAGGACCCAGCCGAGCCUUGCCGGAGGAAGCCAACAGUAUCCUAGCAGUGCGGGAGCUGGCUCAGCCCUUGCAUGCAGUUUUUGAAGUCAGCAAAACAGAAAGCAAAUUACUAUCAUAUUAUGCUGGUGGAAGAUCAAGAAAAGGGGACUCUACACCAGUUUAAUCACUGUGAGAGAGGCAGCGAGUCACAGAAUAACAAGUGUGUCUCAUGUGUGGACCCUGAAGACAAAUGACAUUUGUCUCCCUGAAGGCUAACCAAAAAAAAAAAAAAAAAAAAAAAAAAAAAAAAAAAAAAACCUGCAACCUCUGUGCUAAAAGUUCAUUCUGCUCUUUCGUCCUCACGUUGGUGAGAAAAUAAUAAAACCAAACAGUGGACUCUCUUGAAAUUGUGAAUGAGGAAAACUUAGAGCCACCGCAGUUCAGUUCUUUAUCAUUGUAAUAAUGGGAGACAAAACUCCAGCACAGGAAGACCAGCAUAUACACCAGCCUCAGUGUUACAGAGCGUGGGGACACCAAGGUGUAUGGUGAGCAGAGGCUGUAAAGUGUUAGUCCUUCCACACUUCAUCUGCUACAAGUUCUGGCUUAGACAUGGAUAUUCUUUGCGAAGAAAAUACUUCUUUGAGCUCAGCUACAAACUCCUUAAUGCAAUUAAAUGACGACACCAGGCUCUACAGUAAUGACUUUAACUCCGGAGAAGCUAACACUUCUGAUGCAUUUAACUGGACAGUCGACUCUGAAAAUCGAACCAACCUUUCCUGUGAAGGGUGCCUCUCACCAUCGUGUCUCUCCUUACUUCAUCUCCAGGAAAAAAACUGGUCUGCUUUAUUGACAGCUGUAGUGAUUAUUCUAACCAUUGCUGGAAACAUACUCGUCAUCAUGGCAGUGUCCCUAGAGAAAAAGCUGCAGAAUGCCACCAACUAUUUCCUGAUGUCACUUGCCAUAGCUGAUAUGCUGCUGGGUUUCCUUGUCAUGCCGGUGUCCAUGUUAACCAUCCUGUAUGGGUACCGGUGGCCUCUGCCCAGCAAGCUUUGCGCAGUCUGGAUUUACCUGGAUGUGCUCUUCUCCACGGCCUCCAUCAUGCACCUCUGCGCCAUCUCACUGGACCGCUACGUCGCGAUCCAGAAUCCCAUCCACCACAGCCGCUUCAACUCCAGAACUAAGGCGUUUCUGAAAAUCAUUGCUGUUUGGACCAUCUCAGUAGGUAUAUCCAUGCCAAUACCAGUCUUUGGGCUACAGGAUGAUUCCAAGGUCUUUAAGGAGGGGAGUUGCUUACUCGCCGAUGAUAACUUUGUCCUGAUCGGCUCUUUUGUGUCAUUUUUCAUUCCCUUAACCAUCAUGGUGAUCACCUACUUUCUAACCAUCAAGUCACUCCAGAAAGAAGCUACUUUGUGUGUAAGUGAUCUUGGCACACGGGCCAAAUUAGCUUCUUUCAGCUUCCUCCCUCAGAGUUCCUUGUCUUCGGAAAAGCUCUUCCAACGGUCGAUCCACAGGGAGCCAGGAUCCUACACAGGCAGGAGGACUAUGCAGUCCAUCAGCAAUGAGCAAAAGGCAUGCAAGGUGCUGGGCAUCGUCUUCUUCCUGUUUGUGGUGAUGUGGUGCCCUUUCUUCAUCACCAACAUCAUGGCCGUCAUCUGCAAAGAGUCCUGCAACGAGGAUGUCAUCGGAGCCCUGCUCAAUGUUUUUGUUUGGAUCGGUUAUCUCUCUUCAGCAGUCAACCCCCUGGUGUACACACUGUUCAACAAGACCUAUCGGUCAGCCUUUUCACGGUAUAUUCAGUGUCAGUACAAGGAAAACAAAAAACCAUUGCAGUUAAUUUUAGUGAACACUAUACCGGCUUUGGCCUACAAGUCGAGCCAACUCCAAAUGGGACAAAAAAAGAAUUCAAAGAAAGAUGCCAAGACAACAGAGAAUGACUGCUCGAUGGUGGCUCUAGGAAAGCAGCAUUCUGAAGAUGCUUCUAAAGACAAUACCGACGCCGUAAAUGAAAAGGUGAGCUGUGUGUGAAAAGCUAGUUGCCGUGGCAACUGUGGAAGGCACACUGAGCAAGGUUUCACCUAUCUGGGGGGGAAAAAAAAAAAAGAGAGACUGGAAAAUAUUAGACCAGUCUAGUGAAACCAACGAUCAUAUCUGUACGCCUCAUUUUAUUCUGUCAGUGAAAAGCUGGGUUCAAUGCUACAAAAUGUGCACUUGGAAAAUGGUCUGACAGCAUUUCAGCUGUGAGCUUUCUGAUACUUAUUUUUAACAUUGUAAAUGAUACAUCUUUAAAAUGAUUCAGUUUUAUUGUAUAAUUAUGAAACCCUAAGUUAUCUAAAUUAACUUCUAUUUUCAAAUGGAAACCUUGCUGCUAUGCUGUUCAUUGAUGGCAUGGAUUGAGGUGGUUACCUAUUGCUGUAAAUAAAAAUAGCUAUGAAUAGUGAAAAUUUUAUUGAAUAUAAUGACUUCUUAAAGAAAAAUUCUCUUUAAAACUUACAUGGUAUAUAUUUUGAAAGGAGAAAAAAGACACUAAGGUCAGUGUUACAAAAUCUGUAUUGCUAAGAUAAUUAAAUGAAAUACUUGACAACAUAUUUCAUUCUUGCUUUUUCAUAGAUACCAUUUUGAAAUAUUCACAAGGUUGCUGGUAUUUGCUGCAUUUCAAGUUAAUUCUCAGAAGUAAAAAAAGAUUUCAAAUGUUAUUCUAUAACUAUUGCUGCUUUCUCUUCUACUUCUUGUGCUUUACUCUGAAUUUCCGAUGUGGUCUUGUUUAAUAUUUGUUCUUCUAGGUAAACUAGCAAAAGGAUGAUUUAACAUUACCAAAUACAUUUCUAGCAAUGACUCCUCUAAAACAGCACCAUAGAGGUAUUUGGUAACUUGCUGUGAAAUGACUGCAUCAUGCAUGCACUCUUUUGAGCAGUAAACAGUAUAUUGAUGUAACUGUGUCAGGGUUGAGGUUGAACUUAGGUUUCUGGCUACUGACAGUAGUGGAGUCUUAGGACAUCUCUGUAAAAAGCAGGUGACUUUCCUAUGACAUUCAUCAGGGACAUUGAUGCUUUCUAAUCAAUCAGUUUAUAUUAUUUAUUAAAACCAUUCAGCUUGGUUCCACCAUCAUCUAUUGAGUGUAUAUUUAUGUGUGAAGCAAAUUUCUAGAUGUGAGAAAUACAAUUAAAACAAAAUCCUUACCUUUAAAGAAAAUGGCUCAGCCAGGCACAGUGGCUCAUGCAUGUAAUCCUGGCACUUUGGGAGGCUGAGACGGGAUGAUUGCUUGAGCCCAGGAGACCAACGUGGGCAACAAAGUGAGACCCCCGCCCCCGUGCCUGCAAAAAAUUUAAAAAUUAGCUGAUCGUGGUGGCACGCACCUGUGGUCCCAGCUACACAGGAGGCUGAGACAUAAGGAUCACUUGAGCCCAGGAGGUCAAGGCUGCAGUGAGCCAAAGUUCACACAACUGCAUUUCACACACACACACAAAAAGACCAAACUGAAAUGGUCCUAGUAAAAAAAUAUAAACAGACUUAUUUUGAGAGUCCUUUCAAUUUAUUUCCUUCUUACCUGAUUCAGAAACAAGUUUGUUUCAACUAUGAGAGUAGCUUUCAAAAAUAAGUUUUUCUGAUUGGUUACCAAUAAACACCAAACAAGCAAAGGUGGGGGAAAAUACCACUGAGGCUUAACAUUGCAAUUAAUUUAGAAAUAUGCACCUCAAUCUCGACCUAGCUUACAACUACCAUAGUUUUGAGCAAAGUUUUUCUUUUAUUUCUCCAAAAACUCGCUCAUUUCAGUACUACUCAUUGGCACCGGGAUCCCUAAUAGAAAAGCAGACAUUAUAAUGUUUUGUAGAAAUAGUUGCUAAAGAGCAAAAGAGAUUAACAACUGUUAAUGUACCUUGAUAUUAUAACACUCAAGGUUAAAUUGCUCGUUGUUACUGGAAUCACUGUUAGAUACAUGAUUACAAUGCUGAAGCAUUUCUGUUGAAUGAGAAAUCAUUUUUGCCCUAAAACUUUGAGAAAAAAUAGAGAUUUGAAAAGUAAAGAAUGUGGGAGGUGUCCUUGUGUCAUUUGGAAAUGAAUAAAAUUCUAAUUAUGUCCUCUUAGAUACAUUGAAAAAUGGGUUCACUAUUUCAAAGCUAGAAUGUAUAAUAUGCUGCUAGUGCCAAGGCUGCAAUUGAACUGAGCUAUUCCUUAUGAUUACACCAUACUAACUGAUGAAAAUAUAGAUGUUAAAAUGUCUCCGCUCUAAUGUAUGUUGCCUUCACUUAUAACUCUGCACAUUUCAUUAUAUAGUAGGGAAAAUAUUACAGAUUCUACCCCCAUGUACUCAAUCUUGAUCAGAAUGAACAUUAAUGAUGCCUGACAGAUGUCUUUUGACUACCUAUAUAUUACAAAUGUAUAUGUGUUUUUUUCUUCCAUAAGUAUUCAAGUGUAUACUGUAUAGGCAAAUGUGUAGCUGUAUAUAUGUACAGACAUGUUCUCAUGCACUUUAUUCAAUAUUUAUAUAUUUAUAUGGAGGAAAAGCAAGUCGAUGAAAACACUCAGUAUAUACACAUGUGUGCAUGUUUGUAUCAUGUUUAUUUAAAUGUGAAUUCAUGUUCUAAUAUUUCUAUGACCUUCCAUUGCUGUCAAAGCGGAUUAAAGUUUAACAAAAAUAUCAGCUCUUUAAAUAAACUGGAAGUUAAUCUAACUUUGUGCAAGAACUUUAAGAUAAAUCUAUGAGGGUGGCGAAAACAGUGGUCCACAUAUAUAGUUUCUUGAUCCUAAAUAAAAUGAUACCUUUGGGCCC